AUGUUGAGUAUUUUGGAGAAAGAAAUGCGAAAAAACAAAUUGAUUGUUACUGUUUUUCUCCAGUUCCUUUACGGUCGAAGUGUUCAGGAUAGUUGGGAAAAGUCAAUUAGAAGGUAACUUUCAAACUGUCUUUUCUAAAUUUCAAUACGACCUGUUACUACUGAUUAGGGAAGAACGACGUAAUCGUUCAAGUAUAUAUGUAUGUAGUAAAAGGAGGGAUCGGAAAGAAAAUAAUUGAUUAAUUGAAAUUAACAUAUAUAAAUUGAAAAAUUAGCAGGGUCGUUAAGUUUGAAGUCAAAAAUUUCAGUCUGGGACUCUUCAAUUUGCAUCAGUUUUUGCGUACGUACUAUAAAUAGGCCUGACAUUGAUCCCAAAAAAUUUUAGUUAGAUAUUUGACGCAGCUGUUGAGAUAUUCAUUUUUUAUGGAAGAUAGGAAAGUAAAGAAGGUCAAAAAGUGCCUUUCUGCAAAAAAUUAUAAAUCUACUUUUAAAAAUUUGAUUUUUUCUUGGCUAAUGUAAGAUCAUUAUGGUCUAAAACUAAUCUAGUUUGGCCAGAUCAAAAUACAGCUUUUGUACCACAUAUUGUACAUAGCAUUGCUCGUUAUAUAACACCUACUUCAGCUCAAAAGCCCUAACCGCAAAAUCCUAGAAAGCUUUAAACAUUAUGACGUUUUGAUGACCAUGAAACCCUAAUGCGAGUGGACUUGCAGGGAAUAGUAGGAAUGAAAAAAGAUUAUCCCGCUAUUUGACUCCAUCGAGGCGACAGCUCAAAAAAAAUUUGACGGAUCAUAGGAGUGUGGAUUUUAAGUGAGAAGAAGUAAUAAUAAAUAUCCGAUACGAACAGUUUUCGCUUUUAUUGAGAUUCUUUUUUACAUAUUCUUUUUCUGCUUAAAUAAUUUUGGGUCUUAGCUACUCCAAAUUUGAUUAUUUAGCUUUAAACUAAAACUUUUUUCAUAUAAAGUUGAAUAUUAGAUAUUUGAUAAGUUACUCUAUAGUAUAGUCUAAAGCAACCCCUACUACUCACUUUUACCUGUAUGAAAUCUGCAGCCGAAACAAGUAAACCGAAACCCAACACCUCUAACUUGCCAUUGUCUAGGUUAGAAACCAAAAACGGAGAGAAAGCGGAUCGGGCUUUGAACAAACGCGGCGUUCCCCCAAAAUAUUGUUGUAAAGGGAGAGAAAUGAGUACGGAGUCGGUGGAUUCAGUGGGUUUUCAGCCGCCGCCAAAUAUGGCUCAUCAUCAAGGGACCGGGCGGCUUCAAGGUGGCGGGGUCAAAAAGGUCUACAAUCAACCGGUAAGUUGAUAUUUUUUUCAUUUUUUUUUUUUUUUGAUUUUUAAAGGGUCAUAUCGGCCAAUUCUCUUAAUUUUCUUCCAUUUCAGUCGUUCAAGGAGUACAAAAAGAAGGUGGACAACAGAAUCAGCUUUGUUAUCGUUCUCUGCCUUCUCACGUUGACGACAAUCACCUGCAUCUACGCGUUCGGCUCGUUAAAAGUCAACGAUGACCUUGGCCAUUACGUCGAAAGAGUUCUCGGAAUUGUCAAGGUAACCUUGCGCGUUUUUAUUAUUCGGUUCAUGUUUUUAGAAACAAAACAAACACCGAACUUGCGUCAAGGUUCAGUCAGACGAUGGCUGGGUGGAAGAGUGCACAAAAAUAGGUUCGAGCGAGCAGUUCGAAGUGGAGCCGGCGGACCGAACGCAUGAGUCGAAUGAGGACGGAGAAGAGGAGGAGGCUCCCGGCGAGCAAACGGAGAGGGCUAAGCGAGUAAGGCGAAAAACAUUACAGAAGUUAAGGAGUAGUUAAAUUAAUUAACAUAAGGCAAUAUUCUCAGACAAGGCUUGGCACAGAGUUUUUGGAACAUGAUUUUUGGCAGGCUUAUUGUAGACAGAUAUUGCAUCAAAACGCAUAAAAGCAACAGAUUUUGGGGUGAAAAAAAGCAUCGAUUUCAAGCACACUGUUCAGCCGUCCGAAAAAUUCAAGUCUUUAUCAAAAAAUUAUCCAAAGUGCGCCCAAAAUCGCUUCUAGUUUUAGCUUUUUUAUCGGUCUUAGCAAACCUUUUUCAAUGCCUUUUUUAUUAUAAUUGACUUACCUUUAUUACUCUUGUUUUCAGCAAGCCCUUGAUGAUUUGUUCCCAGAAGGUAGUCAUGUUCCUCCUGGCGCCGAGAUCGAGCCGGAGGUCGUUGAUCAUCGCCCUGAUGUUUCGCUGACAACAGUUCAAACUCCAGAGCACUCAACUGUAGCCGCAACGGACCCUACUAGCACUGUAGCAACAACAACAGAGGCAACAACAACAGCCGCCACAACAGUCGCUGCAGCCGAAACAACGACGUCAACAACUGCUCAGACGACAGUUGAGGCGGUCGAAACCAGCUCAGCGAGCUCUACAGCUGUCCCAGUCGUUGUUGCCCGUGAAGAAACCAGUACAGUCUCAGCGGCAUCUAGCUCGAUUGCGCCUGUUGUAGUUGAGCAUGAUUCAUCUGAGGAGUCGAGUACUUUCUCGGCCGAAGAGGAUUGGAGUUUUGGAGUUCUGAAUGCCACUGAUGAGGAUGACGGAAACUUUACGAACCCUACAGAGGCAAGUUUGUUUUUAUAGGAUUACAACGGAUUUUGUUAGGGUUUAUAAUUCUCUAGCAAUUUUUCAGACGUUCAUCUUGCCUUUCGACCCAAGGAAUCUCACAGAAAAGGAGCUUCAAGAGUUCUCCGAUGACAUUCAGCAUCAACACAUUGUAUUGUGGAUGCUAGCCGCUUUGAACUUGAUAAUUCUGAUUCUUUUUGCUCCGUUCGCAUAUUUGUUCCAUCAAGUUUACCAUGAUAAGAGCAGUUUCAAAGUUCUGUACAGGGUAGGUCAGAAAAUAACUUCCAUAAUUUUGAAAAGGCUCUUAACAGUAAAAUAUUUUAAGGUCCUCCUGAUCGUAGUUCUGGUAUUCCUGCUGUUUGAAAUCUACUUCCUAAUUGAGCCACUGCUUCGAACUGCCUAUAACAUGCCUCAGCAAGUUGAUCGAGUUCUCCUUGAGGGCACACCAAGGCCAAAGGCUGAGCUGGCCGAUUUGGAGGAGGCUUUCGCCUGCGAUUUCGACUACCAUCCAAUUUUGGUUGAGUUCAACAAACAAGUAAGCCUAAACCUUUACAUUUCUUAUGCAUGAUCUUAGGAAUUUUGAAUUUUCUGAACUAUACUUUUUAUUGCGUUUCAAGGAUCCUUGUGUCCCCAAGAUCAAGAACUGGCUGAUCCCGGCAAUGUGCGUCAUCUUGAUGAUAGUGAUUUGCCUAGUUCCAUUCAUCUUCCUCAUCUUCACGUACGCCUGGAACGCUUGCAUUAAGGACGCGCCUGUGGUGAAGAAUGCAAGAGACACUGUCAAGCAGAAUAUUGAGACACGGUGAGUCAAUUUCACAGAACUUGAUUGGCAUCCAUGUUUGUUAUUCCACACUUUCGCUAUGUUGUUUUCACAUUUUCCGCUUCAUUUUCCACCGCUGCUUCUUUGAUUUUCGGCACCCACUGAUUUCAGGCCCAGAAACUCGGCAAAACCGCAAGAGUUGAAGAUCAUUCGGCACAAGCACGAAGACCAGAAACUCUUGCCUGUGGUGGUCGACGUCAGCCACGAGCCGUUGGAGUACCCGGACAUUAAUAGCCGGGCCAGCACGAUUAAGCCGACGGACGAGGAGACUGUUCUUCCCUAGCAGUAGAAGAACUCCCCUGUUUUCUUAUUUUUCGUUUUUUAGAAGCUUUUUUAGUUUCGAAAAAAGUUUGUUUUGAAAUACGGCUUAUUGUCGCGCGACCUUGCCUUCUGCUUGUCAUUGGGGAGCAAUUGCGAGAUGAUUCGCUGAAAAAAUCUUUUGAUAAAAAGCUUCAAAUGCCUUUUCUUUCUUGCAAACAUCAACCUGUCCUUUAAAUAUGUAACUGCUUUUGCCAUAAACACAACCGGUGCUCCACAUUUUAACCCUGAAUUGCCAUGCUAAUAAUCCUGAAUACAUCAUAACCCCUAUUGGCUUGAUUAAUAUUCGUUUAGAAAACUUACCCACGAACAAAUGGUUGAUCGAGCAUGGGCCAAGUCCGAUUCCCAUUCAAGGUAAAUAAAAUUGUUAUACUGAAUUUUACUAUGCAAACUUUUAAAUCUCAAUGGAUAAAUGCAAUUUUCAGCCGUUUCAGAACCUAUUCUAACAGCUCGAACUUGCCCUUAUAA